CCAUUCUUGUUCUUUUGUCUUCUUCGGACACCGUCGCGUUGCUUAGGCAAAUAAGCAAUAAAAAACGUGUUUUGUUUUCUCCGUCGCGGAAGAGGACCGGAAGCAUCCCCACCAUCCUCCCUUGAAACGAGAUUAAAAAAAAAAAAUGGCACAGCGAAGAGAACAAAUAGCUCGAGUCUAACAGAAAAGAAACAAGAGGAGGAGAAAGGUUUGAGAAGAAAAUUUCUAUUUGUUGUAGUAGUGGAGAGGGUGGAAAACCUCCCCUGAAUUAUUAGAAUUGGGAAGAAGAUUGCUUAAACGAGAAGAAGAGAAGUUUCGAGGCUUAGCAAAGGAAAGGAUAAUAAGGUAGAGUAGAAGAAAAUGUGCUGCGACUGCGAGUGCCGGCCGCUUGGAUGGCUGCUGGGACUCCCCUUCGCCUUCCUCUCCCUCCUCGUCUCCCUCGUCGGCGUCGCCGUAUGGAUCGUGGGGUUGUUGCUGUCGUGCAUAUGCCCGUGCUGCCUCUGUGUGACGAUAUUGGUGGAGCUCGCGAUCGAGCUUAUCAAAGCCCCCCUCCACGUCAUGGAGUGGUUCACCUCCAAGAUACCUUGUUAAUUCUCGAUUGUUAAAUUUUCUUUUUUUCCCUUUCUUCUCCUUAUUCAUUAGCUCCCUUGCUUGCUAUUGAUGAGUGGUAACUGUAGCCAUUUGUAAGCGAAAGAUCACUGGAAGAGAUUGCUGUUCAAAGGGUCUAUGUUUGUGAUUGUUUAAUUUGUCUGGAACCUGAUGUUCGUUAAUUCUAUUGUCGCGACUUCACGA